GUUAGUACAGAUACGGUAGCGUUGCAGUGCGAUGUACACAUGUCAUCGCCAAUCGAGAAUUCCAUACACCGACGAGGAUACGAGUAAGGAUCCAGCGAGACGGCAAACGACCGCUUUUAUUCUCUUGCUGGGCUCAAGGGAUCAUAGGAGGACUGGGUACAACAUCCGCAAUCACGGUGUGCUUUCGACUUGGACAUCUUCACGCCUUUCAUCGCAAAAACACACACGAAAUGGACAGCGGUUUCAGCAUAAUGCCCGGCGAAUUUCCCAAUCCUGAGGACGAUGAUCCUUUUCUGAGUCUAGCGCAGACACCCGAUGCCCAGGCAACUCCGCAUUCUCGCAGCACUUCGUACUUCGGACUCUCAGAUAUCCUACAGCGUCGGCCGUCCUCUAUGUCUCUACGGUCGCCCCUGAACUCCCCAGGUGCCGUGCUACCUGCGCUCAAUCAAGAACGCAGCCCAAAUGCCGGGAGUGAGGCGGGUUCCGACUUGAGCUUUCGGACCGCUGCCGUGACGGUGAAUGGAGAUGCACCAUUAGCGGAAGGAUGGAGGGAACUGACUCCUGAGCCCGCUCAAACAAUGGAUGCGGACGACGUUGCGAGGACGCCGCGGCCUCAGUAUCUUAGGAGAGAAUCAGAUGCAACGGAGACUAUGAGCAUCGCCACGGCUACCGCCAACGCAAACCCGGCGGUCGAAAAUGAGUUACGGGAGCUCAAGGCACGACUGGACAAACUGGAACAUCGCGAUACAUACGACACCUACAGAUCGCGGCCAUCGACGGGUUCAACCUCUUUGGCAACUUCAUCCAACUCAAACUCGCUUUCUUCUCCCAGAAGCACUAAUCUUCAUCUGGCUUCAGUGCGAAAGUUGAGGGGCGUGAUCAGUCCAGAAGUCUUCAAGACAAUAGAGGACGUGAGCAAUGAAGUUACUGGGCUUUGUGAACAGGUUGCGGAGGAUGGCAGCCCAGUCGUGCGGAGACGAGCGGAUGGAGUAAGACGGGCAUUGACAGAUGUGUGUGUUGCACUGUUGGAAGAUCAUGUUCGCACAACGCAGCUUCUCAGCCCGCUACGACGGAGAGCAGAUCCCGACGCUGGGAGUGCUGUGUAUGAAGCUGACGAUAACCGAAGCUACAUCUCCGGUUCGUCAUCACGCUUGGGAUAUCGAAAUGAGUAUUCAAAACCGGAAAACGGUUUGGGGCGGUCUCGCACGUCCACGUUUGAUGGAAGCCGUCGUGCGGCAAGUGUCGCAUCUCACGGGAGGGAGGCGCUGUCGUUGCGACAUGAUACGUUACUGGCACACGACAGGGUUCAGCCUUCAUAUAGUCCUCGUCAGCAUGAUGAAGAUUCGAAAUCGUACGUCUCUACGACUUCCUCUCGGUGGCGGCCCAGUCCAAGGUCAGAGGCUCUGCUACGUGAAUCUCGUGCCGCUUUGCUUGGAAGAUCGGCAUCGCGCUCGAGCACAUUCAGUUCUCACCGAAGGUCAGAAAGUGUGGCCAGUUUGCGUCGAGAUGAUGGAUUAGAAGCACAGUAUCACGGUCCUUACGUGCGUGAUCCGCCCGUUCAGGUUGCAGGUCCUAGACGGAGCAGCACGAUGCACUUUCCUCCCCCAGCACCAGCUCAUGAAUCGCCACCGAUGAACGCGGCUGCGCAAAGGCGGAUUAUGAGCGAGAAAGCGCAACGGCGGCGGACUCUCCUCGAGGACGCCGGCAGCAGGGCAGGUGCCACGUCCGCGAUCGGCGGCAGCGGUGGAAUGCGGCGUAUGGUGGCAAGCCAGAGUAUGGGGAAUAUGUCACUGAGUGAAUGGGAUUCUCCGAGAAACGGAUCUGGAAGUCCUAAUGCCUACAUGGCGGAUGAUGGAGAUGUUCCGAGGAGGAGGCUGUAAAGGGGUAGGAUUCGUCUAGAAAGGGAUGGUAUGGUACCGGUAUACGGCACGGUAUCUUAUCGAUUGAUCAGGUUAUAUAUUUCUACAACAGACAGCAACCCUCAGCUGAUCGCGCAACUCUCCGGACGCAAGCGGGUCAGCUGGAACACCUGGAAAAAGCUUAGGUGGUUUAGCGUCCGUCUAUUUGCGUGCGCGAGCGCGGGGGUCUGUGCGUUUAUUUUUGCAUGAGCGCCAGAAAACGCCAGGGUUCUUUCUGAUGGAACAUAGGCAAAAAGGCGCGACCACUCCAAUGUUUCGGUGUCGUUUGGCGACCAUUCCAACCAAAUAC